UGUUGGUCGCCUUCAGGAGGACGUGUCAAAACUACUCAGCCUUCCUUCAGGCAGACGACGUGAACUCUCUGGGCGGGCUUUGAGCAGAAGAAGAAGAAGAAGAAGGAGUAGAAGAAGGCACCCAACGAGAGGAACCCUUCGGUCUCGCUGAGCCAUUGAUUUGUUUGCCGAGCGACCAGAGGAUCCCGAGAGCCUUGUCAUUGUCAGGGCAGUGUCUUGUUGCUUUUUUCCGGAUGAGCCUCUGAGGUGAGAGAGACGUCCUCCAUCGCUCCAUCGCUCCAUCUAGGCAGGCAGCCUCCAUCUAGUAACAUCGCUGGUUUGAUUGCGGUUGAGCUCGGUGUACGGGCAGAAUGCGGGUGUUGCAAUGGCGCCGCGGUCGGAUCUACAAGGUGGGCUUGGCCUCGCUCACGAUCGUGCUGAUCCUCUUGGGUUUGCUCAAGCACUUUGGCCAUCCGGACAUGAGUGCCUCCAUCGGGCAGAACUUGCGCAGUCCCCACGCCCAAGAAUAUGGUGGGUGGGAGCGGCAAAUGGGAUUGGGUUUGGGGCGAAGGCCGCAUCAGUCCCAUCCCGAUGAAUUACCCGUGUUCUUGGGCGAAGGCCACUUGGGCAAUUUUGAACCGGCCGGGGGCCUGGUCAAGAGCACGGGUCCGGGUGAAAUGGGCCAAAGUCACCGGCUGACCGUGGAUCAAAAGGAUGAAGAGGAGAAGCUCAAGGGCGUGUAUGGCUUCAAUCAGUUGGUGUCGGAUGAGAUCUCGCUGAAUCGAACCGUGCCGGAAUUGCGCGAACCCGAGUGCCAAUUUUGGGAUUACCCGGCAGAUCUUCCCAAGGCCUCGGUGAUCUUGGUGUUCCACAACGAAGGCUGGAGCACGUUGUUGCGCACGGUCCAUUCUGUGCUCAAUCGAUCGCCGCCUCAGUUCUUGACCGAGGUCUUGUUGGUGGACGACAAAUCCGAAUUGGAACACCUCGGCCAGCCACUGGAGGAUCAGUUGCUCUUACCUUAUUAUAAAAAUCGGGUCCGGCUGAUUCGCAAUACCGAGCGGGAGGGCUUGAUCCGGAGUCGAAAUAACGGGGCGGUGGCGGCUCGCGGUGAAGUGGUGGUGUUUCUCGACGCUCAUUGCGAAGUCAACGUGAAUUGGUUACCCCCGUUAUUGGCUCCCAUUCACGCGGAUCGACGGACAUUGUCCGUGCCCAUUAUUGACGGCAUCCAAUGGAGCGACUUCAGUAUCAACCCCGUGUAUGCCCGGAAUAGCCAUUCCCGGGGCAUCUUUGAAUGGGGCAUGUUGUACAAAGAGAACACAGUCCCGGCCAAGGAAGAGAAUCGCCGGAGUCAUCAUAGCGAACCGUAUCGGGCGCCCACUCAUGCGGGGGGUCUCUUUGCCAUCGAUCGGGAAUGGUUUAAAGAGUUGGGCUGGUAUGAUCCGGGUUUGUGGGUUUGGGGCGGUGAGAAUUUUGAGCUCUCGUUUAAAGUGUGGAUGUGUGGCGGAAGCUCGGUUUGGGUUCCUUGUUCCAGAGUGGCUCAUGUCUACCGGGGUCACUCUUGCUCCUCGUGCCAUUCCGGUUCUUUGGCCAAUAAGUUCGGCGGCCAGCCCACUACUUUAAGAAACUAUAAACGUGUCAUCGAAACUUGGUUUGAUCCUGAAUACAAGGAGUACUUCUACACCCGAGAGCCCUUUGCACGCAUGGUCGACAUGGGAGAUAUUUCUGAACAGCUGGCACUGAAGAGGAAUUUGAAGUGCAAGAGCUUUGAUUGGUUCAUGAAAGAGGUGGCGUAUGACGUCUUUGAGAAAUAUCCUCCACUCCCACCAAACAAAUUGUGGGGAGAGUUGAAAAAUCUGGCCAAUAACUUUUGCCUUGACACACAUGGACGGCAUCCUCCUGAAAAGAUAGCGGCUUCCGGAUGUCAUGGAUUUGGUGGCAAUCAAUUAUUCCGCUAUAACACAGAGGGACAAAUCACCUCGGGCGAGUGGUGUGCCGAUGUCGAUAAUUCGGGCAGCCUCACCAUCCAAUGGUGCGUGGCCGGAGAUAAUUCCGGACCUUGGGAAUACCGGGCAGAUGAGCAACAGAUUUACCAUACGAAGAAGAACGUCUGUCUAGCCUUAGAGCCCGAAUCCGCUAAGCCCAUAACCCGACCUUGUGAUCACAAUAAUGCCUACCACAAGUGGGUGUGGCGAGAGAUAACGCCAUAUUGGGCCAAAAAUCCUUAACAAACCCCACCAUAGAUGGCCUUUCCAGCUCACAAAAAAAAGAAAGUUUCACUUUGUUAGGCCCUCCCCAUGUUCACAGUUUUACAUACAAUUUCCAUGAAGGCAGAAUGCAUUUAUUCGUCCCACUAACCCUUGAUUGAGUGAACGAGUUGCCAUUUGAUUCGUUCUGUUGUAUAAUAUGACUCAAAGCUGUGAUCUAUUGCUUAAAAAAUGAGAUAUGUCCUACUUCACAAAAAAAGGAAAACCAUUGUCACAUUCCAACGUUGCAACUUGAAAACAAGAUUUUGAUCAUGUCAUAUUGCCUCAGAACCACGACACCCAUGGCAAAGUUGUUAAGACAUCUGUUAUUAAAGAGAGAAAUCUUUCCCAAGG